AAGGAACCCUAUUUUAAUAGGAUUACAAAAAAUCUGCAUAGUUGUCUCCGAUAUUCCCUAUUCUUUCACGGCUUCUCAUUAGGAAGACAAAUCAUGCCUCGCCGGAGCUCUGUUGGAUGCUUCAACCUGCCUUGCAUACGAAACGAAUGUCCUGUUAAGAAUCAUCUCCUUGGCCCCAUCUCGGAGGAUGAAUGCCCAGUGAAGAAUAAUCUUCUUGAUCUCACAGCGGAGGACCUGAGUUUGAUUACACGUGAUUUUUCUCCAGAGGAUCUUAUCGGAGACACCCAGUUUGGGAAGCUCUACCGUGGGAAAAUGUCCGGUGGUUCCGAUCAAGAUAAAACUACCAAGGAUGUCGCUGUCAAGAUUAUGGUUGGUGAAAUGCGACAUUUUGAUGUUAGCUAUGACAGACUGCCAAGAUUAGAGGAUGAACUGAAAUUUUUGCAAGCUCCAAGGUUUAGGGGCAAUCUCAACUUAGUGAAAGUGAUUGGAUGUUGUCGCGAGGGGAGAACUCUGGGUAUCGUUUAUGAUCUAAAUCCACAGGACACCUUGCAUAACUUCAUUAUUCGAGAUGACUUCAAAUGGCUGCAGAGGGUUAAGACUGCCCUUGCAUUAGCUUGCUUGCUUAAUUAUCUGCAUGAUGGGAAUUCGUCAUACAUGCUUCGCAACUUUGAUCUAGCUCACAUAGCGGUUUACCAGAAUUUCACCCCAAUUUUGUUUGAGUUUGGUAUGUUAGUUGGAGAGGGUUUGGACAACUAAAAUCAAUGAGGAAGAGUACAGGGUUGGUACGUGUGGCUACAUUGAUCCAAUGGUCGCUGAAUGCGGUAUGCAACUGAGUCUCUUCUUUUGUUUCCAUCAAAUAUGCACUAGCAAAUUAGCGUUAUGCUCAUUGUCAAAUGAUGUUGAAGGUAAUAUUUUCUCUUAGAGGUGUCCCAUGACUUUGCUUCUUUUGAAAUUUUUGGCACAUUUCUCAAUAAACCUCUUGGAGCUGUUGUUCUUCUCGGGUUGACUAUAUUUGGUGUAACAAAGGUUGACAUUAUGUUUGAAAUGAAGAGUGUGGAAGGAAAGAGAAUGCAAAAGAGGCAAAUGAUUUACAUCAGUUUUGUGUUUAGAAUGAACCAUUUUUCACACUCGUUUCUUUUCUUUCUUAACAUUAUGAACAAAUAUAUUCUUGAGUUUCACAUAGAAAUAUAUUAACUGGAACUAUCCCUGAUGUAUGGGUUAGCCGCACUUCACGGGUUCAAAACUUGCCGUAGGGAAAAGCGUGGUAUUUAAGUGGAGCCUAGGAUAGAGGGGAGAGUCCAUUAACCACCGAAUUUAGAACGGUGACCUACUGGCUCUGUGGGAUUUCUCGGUUUUAAAAAUAAAGUAUUAUUUAAUACUAUAUUAUGUUUUCCUAUUAGAUGUCUGCUAUGCAAUUUUUUGAAACCGUUUGUAUUUCAUGUCUUUUCCUUUUAGUGGAUUGACUCUAUACUAGUAGUCUUUGAAGUGCUGCUAAUAGCAAAUGCAAUGCUUUGUUGAGCAGUGAGAGUCCAUUUUGUAAUUCCUUUUCUUCUCUGUCUUAUUGUGGGCACUGGCCAUUUAUGUAAAAUGUAUUGUAGUUAAGUGGUCACUCAAAUCUGAUGUUUACGCAUUUGGGAUUGUUCUCCUAAGUCUUAUGAGCAAAAGAGUUGUUGAUUGGAAAAACGCUAGAAACACACAUGUCGGUUUGUGGGCCGCGAGAGAGUACAAGCGCGGGUGUUCACUUGUCCACCAAAGUUUUGAGGCUGAUCGUGACUUUGAUCCUCGUGACUUUCAUCCUCGGAUUACAAAAAGAGAGUACAGGCGCGGGUGUUCACUUGUCCACCAAAGUCUUGAGGCUGAUCCAGGCUUUGAUCCUCGUGAUGGAUCUAAAAUUACAAAACUUGGAAUGCAGUGUAUAGAAUAUAAACAAGAGAAAAGGCCAGCAAUGAAACAAGUUGUUAAGCGUCUCAAGGCCUUGCGUGUUGUGCAGCAGCAUGGUGAAGCUUUCUAUGGAAAUUAAUGUGCAUCUUAUGUUCGCUGACUUUCAAUGGAUGUGGGAGAUGAGUAAAGAUAGUGGGUAGUUUAUAACUGGAUUCUUUGCCUUUUGAACCUUUAACACAGACACAAGACUCCCUACCGGCAUGAAAACUGUUUCCAUUUGCUUACAAUAUGCAGCUGUAGCCUGUAGGGUUAUUUCUCUAGUUCUAUUAAUCAGAUGCCUUCAACUAA